GAAGCUGCUGCCGCUGCUGCUGUGCAGCACUGACACUGACAUGGAGCGACGGUGUUAGCCGCCGUGUGUGUGAGUGAGUGUGUGGAAGUCGGACCGGGCAACAACACAAGUAUAAGUUCGUCUGAAACGUCGCAGUAGCUCCGUACGAACCUGACAAUAAUGAUGCGUUUCAUGCUGCUGUUCAGCCGGCAGGGGAAGCUGCGCCUGCAGAAAUGGUACACGGCCACAGCCGAGCGGGACAAGAAGAAGAUGGUGAGGGAGCUGAUGCAGAUCGUCCUCGCACGCAAACCAAAGAUGUGCAGCUUCCUCGAAUGGAGGGACCUCAAGAUUGUCUAUAAAAGGUACGCCAGCCUUUAUUUCUGUUGUGCAAUCGAAGAACACGACAACGAGCUGAUCACGCUGGAAAUCAUCCAUCGCUUCGUAGAGCUGCUCGAUAAAUACUUUGGAAGCGUGUGCGAGCUGGACAUCAUCUUUAACUUUGAGAAGGCGUACUUCAUCCUCGACGAGUUCCUGAUGGGAGGAGAGAUCCAGGACACGUCUAAGAAGAGCGUCCUCAAAGCCAUCGAACAAUCGGACCUACUGCAGGAGGAGGACGAGUCGCCCAGGAGUGUGUUGGAGGAGAUGGGCUUGGCGUAAAAUGCAGACAGCCAUGUUGUGAGAGACUAAAGGUACCAAGGUUAGAGGGCUGGAUGAGAGGGGACGGGACAGAAUCUGGGAUUGGACGUUCUUUUUGGACUGACACGUUUGGCUCUGUGUAUCUGUGGCUCUGGGGACUGAUGAGGGAACAGAAUGGACCCUGACAUCAGCAGGCCCUGAAGCUGUGUGUCUCAGUGUGUGUGUGUGUGUGUGUGUGUGUGUGU